CUUCAAUAAUAAGAGAUGGGGGCGCGUUUGAAAACACAACACGUGUGUGCUGUUGAGGUGACAAUUUGAAAGUGAAUAUCGUUAGAUAUACUACAGUACCUUUUAUUAAUUUGUGAUCAUUAUUUGCGUUUUUAUCUUCAGAAUUUUAGAAAAAGAAAGUCGCGGGUCAAACUUAUUAAAUGGAAGAAGACUUUUCGGACAUCUCUAACUCGCCCUUCGCCAGAUAUGUACAUAAGGAACUGUCAGAUGUAUUAGUAUGCGGACGCUGUGAUGCCGUUUUUCACAAAGUUAGAGAGUUUCAAGAACAUCGUGAAACAGAGAAUGAACAAGAAGCAAUUUUAAAUUUUUUAUCAUGGAAACAUUCCCUACCAGGAAAUUCUCAAAGGGAUGAGAAAAACGAUUGGAUGCUCUUCAAUGAAUGGCGUGAAUUACAGAUACAUACAAAUAAAAAACACUUGAAUACAGCGGAAAUGGCUGGUAUAAAUAUUAGUAAAGUAGAUGCUAAUAGAAUAAUAUCAAGGAUGCAGGAUAUUUUAAUUCCACCAAAUAAGCCUCCCAAAGAUAUCCAGUCAUUUACCCUAAUAAGCAACGCUAACAAAAAAGAUAAAAUCGAUCCCGAAUUGAAAUCUCAGAAAUCAAAUUCAUCUAAAGAUUCAAAUGUCUUUUUAAAACAAAAUAAUACAAAGAUAAAAAAUGUUGAAAAAUCUUCGACGCCUGUCAAAAAACGUUUGCUCGCAGAAUCUCCCAAAAAUUUUUCAAAGGUCCAAAGUUGGACAAGUGUAGAGCAGCCAGGUUUGAUGAGCUCAUCGGAUAGUACGGCAGACUGAAAAACUCACUAUAGGAGUGAUCAGGAGAGUAGUAUUAUUCUUAUCAGAUGGAAAUUUAAAUGAUGACCAAAGCGAACGAAUUAUAGCUAAACGAAAUAUUUUUAUAAAUAAGUAAUGAUAAAAAUAAAAUAAAAAUAAAGUCAAAUUUUAAUUUAUAUGUAGAAGAAUAUUGAUGUUAAAUAUAAAAAAUUUUUAGCCUAGAAA